AUGCCAUUCUUAAUACCAUUUUCUCAGCAGUCCAGGAGGUAUGCCAUUGACGUAUUAAAAAAAAAUAUUCCACAGUUAUCAUUUAAUGGCUCUAUGAAUUUUAGCUCCUCUACCGUAAAUAUGUCGAAUGAUUACCGAAUAGAAGCAGAUACCUUUGGGGAACUUAAAGUUCCUAAGGAUAAAUAUUAUGGAGCUCAAACAGUUAGGUCUACUAUCAAUUUUCCCAUUGGCGGUGAAACUGAAAGAAUGCCAUAUCCUUUAAUAACAGCUAUGGGCAUUUUAAAAAAGGCAGCAGCUAUUGUGAAUAAAGACUAUGGAUUAGACCCAAAAAUUUCAGAUGCUAUAUCUAAAGCAGCUGAUGAUGUAAUUAGUGGCAAAUUAUACCAUGAUCAUUUUCCUUUGGUUAUUUGGCAAACAGGAAGUGGAACUCAAACUAAUAUGAACACUAAUGAAGUCAUAAGUAAUAGAGCUAUUGAACUCUUAGGAGGAAAAUUAGGUUCAAAAGAUCCAGUACACCCAAAUGACCAUGUUAACAAAUCUCAAUCAUCCAAUGAUACAUUUCCUACUGCAAUGCAUAUAGCUGUAGCCAUGGAAAUCAAUUCGUUACUUCUCCCUAAUUUAAAAUUAUUGAGGGAUGCAAUGGAUUGUAAAGCAAAAGAGUUUGCCGAUAUUAUAAAAAUUGGUAGAACUCAUUUGCAAGAUGCUGUACCUUUAACAUUAGGACAAGAAUUUAGUGGCUAUGUAACACAAUUGGAAUUUGGUAUUAAUAGAAUAGAAGGUACCUUACCAAGACUGUAUAUGUUAGCUUUAGGAGGAACUGCUGUAGGCACUGGUCUAAAUACUAGAAAAGGAUUUGCUGAAAAAUGUGCUGCAAAAAUUUCAGAAUUGACAAAUUUACCAUUUGUGACUGCACCAAACAAAUUUGAAGCUUUAGCAGCUCAUGAUGCUUUGGUUGAAGUUUCUGGAGCUUUGAAUACUGUUGCAUGCAGCUUAAUGAAAAUAGCUAAUGACAUUAGAUUUUUGGCAUCUGGACCAAGAUGUGGAUUGGGAGAACUUAGUCUUCCAGAAAAUGAACCAGGAAGCAGCAUAAUGCCUGGCAAAGUAAAUCCAACUCAAUGUGAGGCUCUCACAAUGGUCGCUGCCCAAGUAAUGGGCAAUCAUGUUGCAGUUACAGUAGGGGGUUCCAAUGGUCAUUUUGAGCUUAAUGUUUUUAAACCCAUGAUGGUUUCAAACGUUUUGCGAUCAGUGAGGCUCCUUGGAGACAGUGCAAAAGCAUUUACAAAUAACUGCGUAGUAGGAAUUGUUGCAAACAAGGAAAACAUAGCUAAAAUAAUGAAUGAAAGUCUUAUGCUCGUUACUGCUCUUAAUCCUCACAUUGGUUACGAUAAGGCUGCCGCUAUAGCCAAAAAAGCUCACAAAGAAGGCACAACUUUAAAAGAAUCUGCAUUAGCAUUAGGUUACGUGACGGAAGAACAAUUUAAUCAAUGGCUUCGACCUGAAGAAAUGCUUGGACCUAAAUAA